AGUUUUGUGGGGGAAGGUGUUGACCUGAAUUAUUAAGACUUCCUGGAGUCCCAACAUUUCAACUGGUGAACCACUGGUGAAUCCUUUGGUUGUCUCAGUGAUGUGGCAUCAGCACCAAGUCCAAUGAAACUCUCGCCUCUUCUCCUCAUCCCUCUGCCCUCCCUUUAAUUAAUCACAACCUCAUAAAUACCCCUCCACAUUCGCGGUGCCACCCACUUCUCCAACCUCUCUGCUGCUUUAUCACUGUUAAUCACCUGCAGUCAGUGGUCAGCCGGAUGAAGAACCUGUGAUGAUUGGCUGUGAAAGACACAGGGCGGGGCCUCUGGCGAUGCAUCAUCCAAACGUACCAGUGUAGCAGGACGGAUCCUCUCUGACUCUCCCUCCCCCUCUCCCUACCUCUCACUCUGCCUCCCAUGCAUACGCCAAAGCACAGACUGCAGCAGAGCACAGGGCCAACAGGAUUUUCUUACACGUUUUGGAACAGCCGUGGAACCGGAGCGACAAUUAUCUGCUGCGAAGGAGAGACAUCAUUUAUGGAGGAUCCUCUGAGGAGCAUCUGACUUGCAAGCCUAUGAGUGUGUAGGUUUGCAUCGGGCUCUCAGAAGCAGUAGCGUGCACUCCCAAACACAUCCAUCCCUUGGGACUGGGCCAAUCCCUCCCUGCCUCUUCCUCAUCCUCAUUUAAGGAUAGGAUGCUCGGCUGUGCGCCCCUGUGCUGAGGAGGCGUUGGCGGGCAGCAGCAUGGACGCUGUGCUGGCCAGCAUCCCCGCCACCCCCUCCACCACCAAUCCGCCACCACCACGUUGCCCCACCAAAAAGGGCGCCCCCCCCAGCCCUGCUGAUGGGCGAAGACACUGACGCCACCCCAACGCUCAACCACCACGGCUUCCUCCCUGACCACAACUAUGUGACUGACGGGCUGCUCCUGGCUAUAGCCUGAAGAGCUCGGCCCAUCCCGUCCACCCCUCUCCACCCUGGAGUCCUCCCCCAGGAUGUUGAGCCCCAUCCAGGUCCUGUGCUCUGACAUCACUACCCUUUCUCUGGAGCCUGAACCGUUUGCCUCUUACACUGAAGCUGAUAUCAUCUCCACUGUUGAGUUCAACCACACAGGUGAGCUCCUGGCUACAGGGGACAAAGGGGGCCGUGUGGUCAUCUUUCAGAGAGAACCUGAGAGCAAAACUGAGCCAUUUUCCCAGGGAGAGUACAACGUGUACAGCACCUUCCAGAGCCAUGAGCCUGAAUUCGACUACCUUAAGAGUUUGGAGAUUGAGGAGAAGAUCAAUAAGAUCCGAUGGCUGCCUCAGCAGAACGCUGCACACUUCCUCCUCUCCACCAAUGAUAAGACCAUUAAGUUGUGGAAGGUGAGCGAACGUGACAAACGGCCAGAGGGAUACAACCUGAAGGAUGAAGAGGGCCACAUCAAGGACAUCUCCACUGUCACCUCCUUGCAGGUGCCAGUGUUGAUGCCCAUGGACCUGAUGGUGGAGGUGAGCCCUCGGCGUGUGUAUGCCAACGCCCACACCUACCAUGUCAACUCCAUCUCUGUCAACUCCGACUAUGAGACCUACAUGUCAGCUGAUGACCUGAGGAUCAAUCUGUGGCAUCUGGACAUCACUGACCGGAGUUUCAACAUUGUGGAUAUCAAACCAGCCAACAUGGAGGAUCUGACGGAGGUGAUCACAUCGGCCGAGUUUCACCCCCACCACUGUAACCUGUUUGUCUACAGCAGCAGCAAAGGCACCCUGCGCCUCUGUGACAUGAGAGAAGCGGCGUUAUGUGACAAGCACUCCAAACUGUUUGAAGAGCCGGAAGACCCCAGCGCUCGCUCCUUCUUCUCUGAGAUUAUCUCCUCCGUGUCAGACGUGAAGUUCAGUCACAGUGGUCGCUACCUGCUCACCAGAGACUACCUGACCGCUAAAGUGUGGGACCUCAACAUGGAGAGCAAACCCCUGGAGACGUACCAGGUUCAUGAUUACCUCCGCAGCAAGUUGUGUUCCCUGUAUGAGAACGACUGCAUCUUUGACAAGUUUGAGUGUGCCUGGAACGGCUCUGACAGCGUGAUCAUGACCGGAGCCUACAACAACUUCUUCCGCAUGUUCGACCGCAACACCAAACGGGACGUGACCCUGGAGGCAUCGAGGGAGAGCAGCAAACCCAGGGCUGUCCUGAAGCCGCGGAGGGUCUGUGCCGCCGGAGGCAAGCGCCGGAAGGAUGACAUCAGCGUGGACAGCCUGGACUUCACCAAGAAGAUCCUCCACACAGCCUGGCACCCGAAUGAGAACAUCAUUGCCAUCGCCGCCACCAACAACCUGUACAUCUUCCAGGACAAACUCAACUCUGAGAUGCAUUAAUGAACAGAUGUCAGCGGCGGAUUCAACUGAGUUUACACACAAACACACAACUAUGCUAGAAUGUACAUUAUUAUCAUGCACACACACUCUCAACCACCCACGAAGUUGCCUAACACACACAACAGAAUACAUGCACACAUCUACUCCUCCACCUCCUCCUCAGCCAACCAGAACUUAAAGGACAUAGACAGGGCUAGAAAGGGAACCGUCUAAUCACGCAGAGGAUUAUGGAUUACAUAACUGUGGAUUUCUGAGUUGUUCACCUGUGGAUUGUGUUUGACGGUUUGUCGAUCGCUACAACUCGGCUUCUGAGGGGGAUCAGCCCUCCCCAGACCAGAGACUUUUUUUUUUGUCUUGUCUUUUCUUUAUCUCUACAGGCUCUUUUUCCUUUCUCCACCUCCUCUCCUCUCCUCUCGUCUAUAUUUGUGCACUCGAGCUAAGCCUAUUCUUAUCCCCUGCCCACUGUUUUGUGUAACAAAAACCUUUGUCUACCAGCAGCACUGAUGAGAAAUUGGGCAUUUAUAUAACUUGGUGUUUUUUUGAUUUCACAUCAGAUGCUGUUUUUUGUAACUUCUUGUUAAAUGAUGUCAUUGAUGGUGAUAAUGACGACGAUGGCAACGUGAAAUAUGUGUGAUGUGUAAGGAUGAACUUGUGAUCCUCCCCUUAACUCAAGUGCACCAGAUGCCUCACUGAUUCAGGAGGGUUGACCGACGCCUGGGGUGUCCUCGGUGAGCUUAAAAUGUUCGCAGACCUGCAGGUAGAAGCAGAAGUUCAUGGAUUAUCACAGCAUGCGGUGCGUUUUAGGCGAGAAAGCUCUUCUCUGCUGAAACGGGCCCGUGCGUCUCCGUGUUUUCUGCUUCCGAUCCUGGGCUGUGUUGUGUGCUGCUUCAACAUACGAUACGUUAAACUCAGAUAAUGGAGGAGGAAAAAAAACAGUUGAUACUUUUAACAAUCAAACAAAAACAUGCUGCAUGUCGAACGAAUUUAGCCUAAGUAUCAACAAAGUGACUUGGCUGCCUUUUUAACCCUCUAGAGCCUGCUGUACAAAGGCUUCAGGGGCCCCGGGGCUCCUCGCAGCACGAGUAACUGUAGAUGGCCAGCCCCCCCCCCCCAAACUUUAUUUUGUGUCCGUGGACACUGAAGCAUGUUUACCCGUGUUCGGUUUAUACACGCACAUGUCCAUUUUGAAUGAAGCUGUCCACUUAUCAGUUUCUACUCACUGAAACUGAGAACCAAGAAAAAUGGGGAAUGUUUCUGGUAUUUGUUGUGCCCUACAAGUAAAAAGAAAAAAGAAUAAACAUUAUUACAGGGCCUCAAUUGUGUCUGCAUAUAUCUGCUCUGUUUCUGACAUGGUUUUUUUUUUUUAAAUCAACUUGCAGACCAAAUAUUGUGUCUGUAUUGAUUGCCUCCAAAGCUACAGCAGAGAGAUGGUUCUUUCCUCUCUUCAGCCUUCUUCACUGAUUACCAUUAUGUUAUUUAAAAAAAUGCAGCUUUUUCCUUUAUUUAGAACAUCUGUGAGUUGUACAUCACAUCCUUAUCAAACUAAUGUUAAAUCACAUUUUUUCUUAAUAUAUUUUGACAUGAUUGUUAAAUGGACAGUUAUAAAUAAUGU